AUGGUUCAUACAACAUCAAAAAUCGCGUCGCUUGCAAAAUGGGGGAAAGUUACUUGUGCACGUAAACUGUUCGAUGAAAUGCCCCAAAGAGACACAGUCGUUUGGAACACAAUGCUCACUUCUUAUACUCAUCUUGGUCUUUUCCAAGAAGCUCUGUUACUCUUCCACGAAAUGACAGGAAUUAACAGCAUCAAACCUGAUCAUUACUCAUUUACUGCAACUUUGAGUGCAUGUGCUGGCUCAGGUAAGCUGCGUUAUGGACAAAAGAUCCAUGCUUUGAUUCUUUCUGCUGGAUAUUCUUCACUUCCAGUGAACAAUGCCCUAAUUGAUAUGUAUGCCAAAUGUUUGAGCCCUUUUAGUGCACAUGAUGUGUUUGAAGAAAUUGAGAUAAAAAACAAUGUCUCUUGGUGUUCAUUGUUGUUUGCUUAUGUUAACUCCAAUCAAUUUCAAUCUGCCCAAAGUGUUUUUGACGCUAUGCCAAAUAGGGUGAACAUUGCUUGGAAUACUCUGAUUGCAGGUCAUGCUCGACAUGGCAAUGUCAAUUCUUGUAUUAAAUUAUUCAAGAGGAUGAUGACUGAAUCAUGUGAUGAAAUUCAAGAUCAAUGGACAUUCAGUGCACUCAUGAAUGCUGCUACUGAAUCACAAGAAUAUCACAUUGGUUGCAUGUUUCAUGCUAUUGUCAUCAAGAAAGGAUGGAAUUCAGCAGUUGAAGCAAACAACUCAAUUCUUAGUUUCUAUGCACAUUUAAGUAGUCCAGAAGAUGUACUGAAAAUCUUUGAGUCCAUUCACACUCUCACUCAAGUUUCUUGGAAUGCAAUAAUAGACGCGCAAAUGAAAAUAGGAAAUACCCAAAAAGCCCUUAUCGCAUUUCACAAUGCUCCUGAAAAAAACGUUAUUUCAUGGACUUCAAUGAUAUCAGGGUAUGUUAGAAACGGAAAUUCUGAAGAAGGAAUACGUUUUUUUGUCAAUAUGAUAAGAUCCAACCUCCUUCCUGAUGAUUUUUCUUUAGGAACAGUUCUCCAUGCUUGUUCUCUCAUGGCAACAUUAGGCCAUGGAAAAAUGAUUCAUAGUCUUGCAAUUCGACAUGGAUUUCACUCUUAUGCUUAUGUUGGAAAUGGAUUGGUUAACAUGUAUGCAAAAUGUGGAGAUAUUUUUAGUUCUUUCCAAUCUUUCAAUGAUAUAAUCGAAAAAGAUUUGGUUUCAUGGAACACAAUGUUGAUUUCCUAUGGUCUACAUGGAUGGGGUGAUAAAGCCCUAGAGAUUUAUGACAAAAUGAUAGCAUCUAAUUUGAAACCAGAUAAUGUGACAUUCAUAAGCCUUUUAAUGACAUGUAGCCACUUAGGGUUUGUUGAAAAAGGUCGAGAUUUUUUCCAAUCGAUGAGUGGGGUCCACGGGUUGUGUCCUGAGGUAGAACAUGUGGCAUGUAUGGUGGAUAUGUUGGCUCGAGGAGGGGAGUUGGAAGAAGCAAGAGAGAUGGUGGAAAGUUACAGAAGGAGACAUGGUGAAAUGGGGAAAUUGAGUGAGGGUGUUUUUGGAGCUUGUUAUGCACAUGGUGAGUUGGAGAUGUUGGAAGGUGAAAGUGAGAUGAGUUAUGUGGUGCUUUCGAAUUUGUAUUGUGUAAAGGGGAAGUGGAAAGAAGCUGAGAUGGUUAGGAAGGCUAUGGCUGAUGAAGGGGUGAAGAAGAUGCCUGGUUGUAGUUGGAUUGAAGUUAAGAACAAGGUGGUGGCUUUUGUUGCUGGUGGGAGUUUAUGUGUAGAGAAUGAUGACAUGUCUUCUUUUAUAUAUUUGCUUGAAUAUCAAUUGAAGAAUCCAUGGUGA